CUCUCUUUGUCGUCCGCUCCCUUUCCCUAUUGACACUUCUCUCUCUCUCUCACUUACUCCUCCGUCAUUUCCUUCCUUUUUAACCUUCCCGUCACACUUUCCGACAUCAUUGCCUUCUCUGGUGUCGACGUCACGCGUCUCCCCUUUUAACUUCACUUCUAUCCUGAUCCAGUGCAUCCCUCCCCGGACAGAGAGUGUCCCCUAUCAACAUCAUGGCUGAGAAGAAGCCUAACAUCCUCUACAUCAUGGCCGACCAGAUGGCGGCCCCCUUGUUGGCUUUCCACGACAAGGAUUCCCCCAUCAAAACUCCCAACUUGAACAAGUUGGCGCAGGAAGGUGUCGUUUUUGACUCCGCCUACUGCAACUCGCCGCUCUGCGCGCCCUCGCGCUUCGUCAUGGUGACCGGUCAAUUGCCCUCCAAGAUCGGUGCCUACGACAACGCUUCCGAUCUGCCUGCAGAUACCCCCACCUACGCUCAUUAUCUGCGCCGUGAAGGCUAUCAUACCGCUUUGGCCGGUAAAAUGCACUUUUGCGGUCCGGAUCAGCUGCACGGAUACGAGCAGCGCCUGACCAGCGACAUCUAUCCUGGCGAUUACGGCUGGUCAGUGAAUUGGGAUGAGCCGGAAAUCCGUCCCGACUGGUACCACAACAUGUCUUCCGUCAUGGAGGCGGGUCCCGUGGUGCGCACUAACCAGCUGGACUUUGAUGAGGAGGUCAUCUACAAGUCCACCCAGUACCUCUAUGAUCAUGUGCGUCAGCGCAACGACCAGCCGUUCUGUCUGACCGUGUCCAUGACUCAUCCCCACGACCCUUAUGCUAUGACUAAGGAGUUCUGGGAUUUGUAUGAGGACGUCGAGAUCCCGCUGCCUAAGCAGGCGGCUAUCCCGCAGGACCAGCAGGAUCCGCACUCGCAGCGUGUGCUCAAGUGCAUUGACCUCUGGGGCAAGGAAAUGCCCGAGGAGCGUAUCAAGGCGGCCCGCCGCGCUUACUACGCUGCCUGCACGUACGUCGACACCAACGUGGGCAAGCUGCUCAAGGUGCUUGAUGACUGCGGAGUCCGUGACGACACCAUCAUCGUCUUCACUGGCGACCACGGCGACAUGCUGGGUGAGCGCGGUCUCUGGUACAAGAUGGUCUGGUACGAGAACUCGUCGCGUGUGCCGUUUAUUGUCAACGCGCCCAAGCGAUUCGCACCCAAGCGGGUGAAGGAGAAUGUGUCGACCAUGGACCUGCUGCCGACAUUCGCAGAGAUGGUGGGGGCACCGCUGGUGCGCGAGCUGCCGCUGGACGGCGUGUCGCUGAUGCCCUACCUGACCGGCGAGGACGGCGUCAAGACCAACACGGUGCUGGGUGAGUACAUGGCAGAAGGAACGCAGUCGCCAACGGUGAUGAUCCGGCGCGGCCGCUACAAGUUCGUGUACUCGUUGAUUGACCCACCCAUGUUGUUCGACUUGGAAGCCGACCCACAAGAGCGGGUCAACUUGGUGGCGGGGCUGACGGAGAAGCCGUCGUUUGAGGCUCCGAAGCCCGUGCCUGUCACACAGUUGAACCCUGCGCCGCUGCCCACGCCAGGCGAUUCGCCUCGGGGGUCACCGAUGCAGCGUGCGUCGUUCCCGUUCCCCACGCCCCCGCGCACCCCUAGCCCGGGCAAGUCGGCGUACGCCCUCCCGGAGAGCCGUGAGCCGGCCAAGCUGCUGGCGUACUUUACCGAGGAGGUGCACGCGCGGUGGGAUCUGGAGAAGAUCCGCGAGGACGUGCUGCGGUCGCAGCGCCGCCGACGCCUCGUGUACUCUGCCCUGAUCCAGGGCACUCCAUCGAUCUGGGACUACGAGCCGCGAGUGGACCCUAGUGCACAAUACGUGCGCAACCAGGGCAAGGGCGCGCUGGACGAUGUGGAAAUGAUCUCUCGGUGGCCGCGGGUGUUGCAGCAGGCUGCGACCGCAAAGGGGAUGAACGUUUAACUGAUCUUUUCCUGUUUAUACAAUUUGCUUAAGUUGUGAUGGACGGGUUGUUUGGGUAUUAAAAUUGGAGUCAUAGCGAGGCGCAUGGGCUUGCAUUGCAGCUAUUUCUUGCGUCUAGCGUUGAGCUUAUGUAUUAUAAGACAUUGAAUCAAUGUAUGUACGCAAUACCGG